UACUGUUGGGGUAUCCCCGAAACUCAUGCUCCGUUACAUUUCAGUUCGAAUUCAAACUGUUGGAGUUCGUACUGGUUCUUCAAUACUUUAAUUUAGUUCAAAUUCAUUAUGUCAGCCGUUGGGACAGUAGCGUUUGACGAAUAUGGACGCCCGUUUAUUAUUUUAAGAGACCAAGACAAGAAAACUCGACUUUCUGGAGUCGAUGCAAUUAAAAGUCAUAUUUUAGCGGCCAAGACCGUUGCCCGUACUAUUCGUACGUCUUUGGGUCCAAAUGGCUUGGAUAAGAUGAUGGUUUCUCCGGAUGGGGAUGUCACCAUUACCAACGAUGGUGCAACGAUUCUGGAUAAAAUGGAUGUCAGUCACCAAAUCGCAAAACUUUUGGUUGAGCUUUCAAAGUCACAAGACGACGAGAUCGGGGACGGAACAACCGGCGUUGUCGUGUUGGCUGGUGCUCUCCUUGAGCAAGCGGAAGAGUUGAUUGACAGGGGAAUCCAUCCGAUUCGUAUUGCUGAUGGGUAUGAAUCUGCUAUGCAUGUUGCAUUAAAAAGAUUGAGCGACAUCGCUGACGAUUUCCCCGUGGAUAAAAACGACACCAACAACCUUGUUCAAGUUGCCAUGACAACCCUGGGGUCGAAGAUCGUAACGAAAUGUCACCGUCAGUUUGCUGAAAUUGCUGUUAACGCGAUUAUGUCAGUGGCGGACUUUGAUAGAAAGGAUGUUGAUUUUGAAUUAAUCAAAGUUGAAGGAAAGCAGGGCGGAAAACUCGAGGACAGUAUGUUGAUCAAAGGUGUUCUUAUUGAUAAAGACAUGAGCCAUCCCCAGAUGCCCAAAACCAUCAAAAACGCCAAGCUGGCGAUCCUCACUUGCCCGUUUGAGCCACCUAAGCCAAAGACCAAACAUAAGCUUGAUGUAACAAAUGCUGAAGAUUAUAGGAAACUACAGAAGUAUGAAAAAGAAAAGUUCGCUGAGAUGAUAAAGCAGGUCAAGGAUAGUGGGGCAAAUCUUGCAAUUUGUCAAUGGGGCUUUGAUGAUGAAGCUAAUCAUCUGUUGUUACAAAAUGAACUUCCAGCUGUUCGUUGGGUCGGAGGUCCGGAGAUUGAGCUUAUUGCGAUUGCAACAGGAGGGAGGAUUGUCCCAAGGUUUUCCGAGCUCACAGCAGAGAAGUUGGGAGUGGCAGGAAUUGUUCGAGAGCUCACUUUCGGAACAACUAAAGAUCGGAUGCUGGUGAUUGAGGGGUGUAAGAAUUCCAAGGCUGUGACAAUCUUCUUGAGAGGGGGCAACAAGAUGAUAGUCGAAGAGGCUAAAAGAUCGGUUCAUGAUGCUCUUUGUGUGAUCAGGAACUUGGUCCGUGACAGCAGAGUUGUCUACGGUGGUGGUGCAUGUGAGAUUGCAUGCGCUAUUGCAGUCAACAAGGCAGCUGACAUGACCCCAUCAUUGGAGCAGUAUGCAAUGAGAGCUUAUGGCCAGGCAUUGGAGACUGUACCCCUUGCUCUUGCUGAGAACAGUGGCCUUCAUCCGAUCCAAACCUUAUCCGAUGUCAGAGCUGAACAAGUUAACAAAAGCAAUCCUUACCUUGGAAUUGAUUGUCUGCAGAAAGGAACCAACGACAUGAAGCAACAACAUGUGUUGGAAACUCUGGUUGGGAAGAAGCAGCAAAUCUCGCUUGCGACACAGCUGGUUAGAAUGAUCUUGAAAAUAGAUGACGUACGAUCCCCUGGGGAGUGAUGUUGGCCUCUCAAAUUACACGGAAACUACUCGAUCCACAGAGCUGAAGUUCCAAAAGUGAAUGACUUGUUGUGAAUGUUAUUUUAUAUGUAGUCACGAAUUUGUAGCAUGUUAAAAUUCAUUAAAAAGCUAUUUCAAAUGUGA